CAGAUUUUUCGAUCUCCCUUUUCUCUCUCACGGCGUUUGAUCCUCUUCGCAAAUUCUACCCUCCGCCGUCUUCCGCCGGCCGGCCGGUGGUAGGGUCAGUUGCUAGCUGAGUUUUGUAUUGUUCUGUAUUACAUCAAUCCGGUAGCAGAUGGGAAGGCCGCCGAGUAACGGAGGUCCUUCUUUCCGUUUCAACCCUGCAGAGGUAGCUGAGAUGGAAGCUAUAUUGCAAGCUCAUAAUAUCACAAUGCCGGCUCGUGAAGUUCUUGUAGAUCUUGCUGAAAAGUUUAGUUCUUCAGCGGAGAGAUCUGGAAAAUUUGUGGUUCAAAUGAAACAAGUUUGGAACUGGUUCCAGAAUAGACGAUAUGCUAUUAGAGCAAAAACAGCUAAGAGUCCUGGUAGAUAUAUUGCCCAUCCAACUCCUCAAAGUGAUCCAGCUGCAGUAAAAGCUCCUGCAAAAUUGAGUGCCUCACCUAUGCCUCACAGUGAUCCAGCUGCAGGAAGAAUUAUGCCCCAAGCCCCUCAACCUAUACCUUCUCCUCAAGCUACAAUGAGAACAAUGCCCCAGGCACCUCAAUCUCUGCCUGCUCCAUCAGUGGCAGUGCAAAGUGUGGGCAGGAGUGCUUCAGAUAACACUCAAAUGGAGUUCGAAGCUAAAUCUGCAAGAGAUGGUGCAUGGUAUGACGUAGCAAGCUUCCUGUCACAUAGAUCUGUGGAGAAUGGUGAUCCGGAAGUCUUGGUUCGGUUUGCGGGGUUUGGAGCAGAGGAGGAUGAAUGGGUAAAUGUACGUCUGCACGUAAGACAGCGAUCUCUGCCAUGUGAAUCAUCGGAAUGUGUUGCAGUUCUCCCUGGCGAUCUGAUUCUUUGCUUCCAGGAAGGGAAAGAGCAGGCUCUGUACUAUGAUGCACAUGUCCUUGAUGCUCAAAGACGCAGACAUGAUGUGAGAGGUUGCCGUUGUCGGUUUCUGGUUCGUUACGACCAUGAUCAGUCUGAGGAAAUUGUUCCUCUGCGGAAGGUUUGUCGUCGGCCUGAAACUGAUUAUAGGUUGCUGCAACUAAAUGCUGAUUCUGUGAAGCAGCAGAAAAUAGGUAAUGACCCUACAACAGGCAAUACUACGAAGGUCUACCCUCCAGCUGAUGCACCACAGAAAGCCCAAACCGAAUCAAGGAUAAAACUAGCUGAACAAACACAAAAGCAGCCUGCACCGGAGUACACCAUAAAGCACGAACCCGAUGUGGCUCCUAUGCUGCAAAAACCUAGUACUGAUUCUCUAACAGGAAAUACUUUGGCAGAAACAACACCCAAGCUUAUGGAAGAAAUGAGAGAGAAGCCUGUAGCCGAAACAGCAGAGGCACCUCAGGAAGAAAAAAGAGAGAUGCCUCCGGCAGAAAUAACAAACAAAGCACCAGCAGAAACACCAGAGCAGCCUCCUGCUGAAACAACUCCUAAGCCUACGGCUGCUUCUUCAUCGAAGCCAGCUGAAGCAACAGAGGAGCCACCUGCUGAAACAACUCCUAAGCUUCCUGCUACUUCUACAUCGAAGCCAGCUGAAGUAACACAGGAGCCACCUGCUGAAACAACUCUUAAACCUCCAGCUGCAUCAACAUCGAAGCCAGAUGAAGCACCAGAGCAGCCUCCCGCUGAAACAACUCCUGAACCUCCAGCUGCUUCAACAUCAAACCCAGAUGAAGCACCAAAGGAGCCUCCUGCUGAACCAACUUCUGCAGAGGAACCUCUGGAUGAUUCAACAUCAAAUCCAGCUGAAGCAUCAGAGGAGCCUCCUGCUGAUUCAACAUCAAUGCCAGUCGAUGCACCAGAGGAGCAGCCCAAGGCAAAGGAGCAUGUGGAUUCUGGGGCACCCACAGCUUCCACUGAUCAGGAGGACAAUGCACCUGUAUAAGCAAAUCCUUAUCGCCAAAAGUUAUAAAAUUGCUAGUGUAGCCAACAUUACGAAGUUAGAUUCCUAUAGGGAAAGGAAGCCCAGGGGUGGGGGAGCCGGGUUAGAAACUUAUUCUCGCGCAUCCUUCCUUCCCUUGUGUGCUGUUAAAAGCAUGAAUCGCACAAGGGACUUUACUAAUGGCUCCGAUAGAUCAGUGAUAGUCUUGUGGAAUAUUUAGAUCUUCACCUCCAACUGAAAACUCUAAUUUUAUCGUCUCAUCAAAUACUAUUCUAUUUGUACUGCAUGAA